CCUAGUGUCAUAUAUAUAAAAGAUAACUCGAAACGUUUAUUGAAGAAUGAUGUAUUGCAAAUAAAAUAAACGAAUACGAAAAAUAUGUGUUAUAAUUAUUUGUGUUUUAUUUGGUGUCAAUUGUUGAUUAGUUAGGUAUUAUUUGGCGUUAAGCGUUGAUUAUGUGGGUGUUAUUUUGCGUUGUUUGCCGAUUAUUUAGGCGUUAAUUUGUUAGAAACUUUGUCGAUUAUUUAGGCGUUGAUUUCGUCAAGGCCUAAGAGACACAUUUUUUCGAGCUCGGACAAGCCAGCUGAAUUCUUUAAAAGGCACAUUUUUUUGAGCUCGGACAUGGCACAUGAAUUCUCAGGGCCGACCCUGAGCGAAAGCAUGCUCACUAUCUAUAGUUCCGGGCAAAAACCCACAGCACAAAGGCUCACUCUGUAACGCCUACUUGAGAUAGGAUUCGAACUUAAACUUAAGACCUGUAGCCUUCAACCCCAAAUCUUCACAUCCCCUCCAAUCUCAGUUAUGCAUAUCUGAAUACUAUCUGAUUAUAAAAAAUAGGUGUGAACCAUAUAUAGCGUGUUUGAUUAUUUUAUAACGUGCUGUAAUUUUUUCCUGGAAAAUAUUUGCAUCGGAGUUGUAACUUUAUUUUCAUAGGAUGUGUUGCAUUUGCAGCUGAAACAUGUGAUGUGCACGUUACCAUUUUAUAAUUUCAAGGCUAGUAUAAGACAAGGAUCACGUGACUUGUUCAACCUUUUACAUUAAUCCAAGUCCUGACUUGCUUCUUCUUUAUAUUCCCCGAGGUGACCACCAAUUUGAAUAUUUGAUCAUUUGGCGGUAAAUUGUUUGUACCAAUAAUUAAUCUUACCAGCUUCUUUAGACCUUUGGGUAUGGGGAUCGGCAGAGGGCCGUCCCCUCCAUUUAGCCACGUCCCACACCGCCCUCUUGGGGCCGUCCUUGGCACUUCCGUCGGAUAUGUGACGCCGAAGACGGGGCAAGCUAGUGGGCCCCCCAUGGCAGCUUCUCUCUCAUCCUCAUAUAUAUAUAUAUAUUAAUAUAUUAUUAAUGGUAGGGUAGUCUUGGCUAGUCCCCACACCCUUGGGUAGUCCCUAAAGAGACUAUCCUCCUCCCGUGAUUACGUGGCGCCUACAUGACGGGUAGUCCUUUGGAGACUAUCCUCCCCCAUACACAAUAGUCUUAUAAUUAACCUUUUACGCCUUUCAAAAAAAAAAAAUAAUAACCUUUUACAUCCGGCUGCCACUUGAUCACUUGCUUGCCGCUGCACUUACAGAACCGGCUGUUGCUAGUUGCUACUAUAUAUUAUCUACUUCUCUUUCACCACCGCUCGCUCGCUGCUACUCUUCAGAUCUGCUGCUCCUUUUCAUAUCCGUUUCUACUCAUCACCAGAAUCAUGACAACAACAAUCGCCAAGUUUGCUCACUUACAGAUCCCACUUGAAGACGUUGUAAAGGCCACUGAUAACUUUCAUCAUGAUAACAUCAUCGGACGCGGUGGAUUGGGACAUGUAUACAAAGGACAACUCCAGCGGUCCGGGGAGUUGAUCACGAUUUCUGCGCUGAGGUUAGAUCGUAAGCACGGUGGAGGAGUCAUCGAGUUCUGGACCGAAGUUUCAAUGCUUUCUGAUCUCAGGCAUCCAAAUAUAGUCUCUAUGGUUGGAUUUUGUGAUGAGAAUCAUGAGAAAAUCAUCGUAACCAUGUAUGAGGCCAAAAAUGGAAGUCUCAAAGAGCAUCUAAGCAACCCGAACCUCACAUGGACGCAAAGAUUGAAAAUAUGUGUAGGCGUGGCUCGUGCGUUGAGUUACCUCCAUUAUUACCAGCGCCGUGGUUAUGGUGUUAUACAUCUCAACGUCAACAGCUCGACAAUUUUAUUAGACGAGAACUGGGAACCUAAGUUAUCUGGUUUUAAAGUUUCCAUCAAACAAUCACUUAACCGAAUGGACCAGGUCUUCCUUUCUGAACCUAUUGGCACAAUAGGGUAUUUGGACCCGGAAAUUGAAAAGACCAAAGGGGUGACCUGCAAGUCGGAUGUCUACGCAUUCGGUGUUGUUUUAUUCGAGAUAUUGUGUGGGAGGAGAGCAUAUAUUAGGAACGAUGCUAAUAGGUUACUAGCUCCAUUGGUCAUGCAACAUUAUGAAAACGAAACGUUGCCAGAUAUAAUCCAUCCCGAUCUAAAGAAUCAAAUUUCCGGAUACCAAAUAUCCGUAAGAUCACUCAGAACAUACUCAGAAACGGCAUAUUCUUGCUUAAAGGAAGGGCGAUCACAUCGCCCACAUAUGCUCAGUAUUGCUAAUGAACUUGAGAAAGCAUUGGAGAAAGCAUUGAAGUUUCAACCCCCACCACCUGGAAAAUUUGGAAAUAAUUUGGAACACUUGAAGAUUCGGCUCAAUGAUAUAAAGUUAGCCACCCAUAAUUUUUCAAACGCAUACAAAACUAGUACUAGCAAGUGGCAUACUUGGUACGAAGCAGAGCUCAACCAUUUUAAUAAAGAAAACCCUUCCUUUGUAGAAAGGAAGAGUAAAAGUAAACAAUCCAAUAGACAGACCCUUGUAGUUAUAAAGCGCUUCCUUUCUAAAGAUGAAGAGCUCGGAGAAGAACUAUUUUUUACAGAACUUGAAGUGCUUACUAGUAUUAAGCAUCACAACAUAGUCACUCUAAUAGGAUUUUGUGUUGAAGGUUUCGAGAUGGUACUUGUCACCGAGAAAUUUUUUAAUCGUAACCUUUCGGAUUAUUUGGGAAAUGUCAAUGACAUGUAUAUAUUAACUUGGGAAAAACGUUUGAAAAUCUGCAUUGAUAUUGCACAGGCACUGAUUUAUCUCCACAAUGAGAUGGAAGACAAAAAAAUGAUAAUACACGGUAAUAUAAAGAGCCACAAAUUUGGGAUAGAUGAGAAUUGGGUGGCAAAGAUUGAAGACUUUGAGUUCGCCGUAUUCCUACCUCCAAAUCAAAAAGACGAAGCUAUGUGUGAAAGGGCAAGAUUUAAGUCAAAGUACUAUUUAGAUCCAGAAUAUGUGAAGACCGGUAAGCUAAACAGAGAGUCGGAUGUGUAUAGCUUUGGAGUAGUUUUGCUUGAAAUUCUAUGUGGAAAGUAUGCUGAUGACCAAAUUUUCCUUAAGAAGAGUGAGGAAGGGCUUGUUCAUGUUGCAAGAGGAAACUUUUGCAAUGGAACAAUAAAGGAGACGAUAGAUCCUAUACUAAAGGAAGAAACCCGUAAAAUGAGUUAUAUUUCAAAUAGAGGAGCCAACAAGGAUUCUUUGCACACAUUUCUAGAAGUUGCAAACCAAUGUGUGGCAAAGACUAAAGAUCAACGCCCAACUAUGACAGUUGUUCUCAAUGAACUUGAGAAAGCAUUCAUCUUUCAAGUAAGCUUGCCUUCUUUAUGUGUGUAUAUAACCAUAGGGUUCAUAUUAGCUUAAUGCACAAGGAAUACAUAUUACACAUAUAAAAUGCUACAAAA